ACCAUCUUCUUUUAUAGCUUCCUUACAUUUUGGAGUUUGUGUGAAAAUUUUCUGAUUCUUUGGGUAGAUUGAAGAGAAUAAAAUUUUCACCACUACAUGACAUUUGUUACGAUUUCGUGGUUUAUGAUUAUUUUUGCAUAUUCCUCUGGGACACAUCCUAACUCGUGCGUUCUGAACUCGAGGGACGCGCAAUUGAGCCGUUUGCACGAUUUCUAGUUAAUUGCUGAAUCAUGUGAGAUUGGAAGGAAAAAGAGGUUAAAUCCCCGAUGAUUCGAUAUUUUCAAUUGUCCGAUAACAAAUGUAGAAAUGAUAACGCAAUCUGUAUUGCGCGUGCGCUCUCGCGAAAUUCAUUUAACGUACCGUCGAAAAAUUACGAGGUGCGAGGGAGGAUCACGCGCCGCGGCGUUGCAAAUAUAUCUCGACAAUCUCAAGUUCAAGCUGUUUACAGUACCGUGCCCCGUAUUAAAGGUAAUAUCUCAUUUCGCAUGGAAUUGCACGGCGGAAUACAUUUUGCGUCGGGCUUAUGAAAUACGGAGCGAGACGGACGGCGCAUUGUGAGAGAGAAAAAUACGAGCAAAAUUAUCCAUAAAUCAGACUCGAAUUUUGGAGACGGCCGUGAUUCAUCGCCGGCCUAAUCGUACGUGCGGCUUUUUCAACUGUGGCCACGAGGUGUCGCGGGUCGAGAGUGUUCCCAUAAAUCCAACACGCAUAAUCGACGCGCGCCGUUUCCAAAUGAACGUCACCGACGGGCUGCAAUGUGUUCGAAUUAUUGGCUUUUCAUCUUAAUUCACCUCGUAACGACCUGUUUUAUCAUUCACGAAGCCGCAAGAAUCGAGCGAGCGAUCGAUUCGUGCAGCUUUGCCAGCACAUUCGCGAAAAAUUAGACAAAUCAAAUCUCGUCGAGGAUCAGUGAAAAGUGACAUCUUAUAUUUGGUACAUGUCAGCAAAGAGGAUACGUUACUUGCAUGUAACGCGCAGUCAACGAAAAAGAGUGUGACAAUUUCGAGAGGGAUACGAGACGUUAAUAUACAUGAGGAAUUAAUUAUUACCUGGUGUAACUGCGGACCUUACAAGCGGAUAAUUCUCUUCAUUGACGAGAUGUCACUCUGCCAAAAUGUCGCUUUGGACGCAUUCUUAACUAACAACUUCAACUUUAGCUUCAAUAUUUGGCUCCAGGCCUCUCUAAGAGUUAUGCCCCAGCGCCAUUAUUCCGAUUUAUGAUAUAUUUCGAGAGUAAAGUCUUGGAAAAUUCCAAAAAAUCACAAAGUCCGAACUUCUUCAAACACGUCUUGUCGUGACGGCAGUUAGGACUUUUUGGUUAACUAACAAUCAUGAGGAGUUCAUGUCAAUAAACGAAUGGUCGAAAGCUUAGUAAUUGUCGAUCUCUACUGACAGAUCGAUCUAUCGAUAGAUCGAUCUAUUGAGACAUCCGCAGAACGAGCAGAGGGCGUCGUUGUAGAGCGCGACAACGUUCACGUCGAAUAUGCCGCGAUCGAUUGCUCCCGCAUCUUCGUUCUUUCCACGCCGAGCAACUGCCAUCGACACAUCGAUCGACAUCGCUCCGCGCAUCGUCCUUCGCCGAAAGUGAGUCUCGUUGCGCGGAAAUAAGCGUUGGGAAUGCCGAAAGUAGCGAUGUGCGAUUGUCGGAAUAUAUCAGCUCAACUCGACGUCCCCGUCGACCAGCGAGCUCGGCGAGUUCGUCGACGAGGUCGAGAGCGGCGAGAUGAACGUGGACGUCGCGGACGACGAAGACGCGGUCGAGGACAUCCUUUACAUGCGCGGUGCAACCUUCACGAUACAUCUGGACGCCCCGGCUGAAAAUUCUAGCAGGAACGCGACGAAGAUAAACGAGGAGAACAGCGCGGAUCGGGUCGAGCUGCGCGCCACGUCUCAGGGUCCAAAUCUGGAGCAAAAACUGCCAUCCACGAUGGAGAGCAUCGUGAGCACCGAGCCAGCGUGUUCCUUGGACUGCGGACCGGCUGGAAAUUGUUAUAUCGAGCAAUCUCGUGGAGAUGAAGUUGAUGUGCUGAUCGAGGACGACAACGAGGGAGUCAUGGAUCUCGAGGGUAACAGCGUGAACCUCAGGCGGAAGCAGGGAAUCUUCAGGCAGAGAUGCCAGUGUCCACUCGGAAGGGGAGGAGAUCGUUGCCAGCUCGAGGCUGAAGUGAGAUCGCCACGUUUUACCGGGUCCGGCUGGCUGGCUUUUCCUGCCUUAAGGGCCGCUUACAAACACGUGCAAUUAGAACUGGAAUUUCGGCCCGAAGCGUGGGACGGCGUGCUCCUCUUGGCGGGAGAACGGGACGAUCUUCAGGGCGAUUUUAUGGCUCUGAUACUGCACCACGGCUUCAUCGAGUUCAGGUUCGAUUGCGGCAGUGGUGUGGGCACGGUGAGGAGCACGGAGACGGUGAGGCUGAAUGAGUGGAACACCCUGAGUGUCUACAGACAUCGAUGGGACGCCUGGAUCCAGCUGAAUCAGGAGAAGAGGGUGGAGGGACGCUCGAAGGGCUUGUUCUCGAGGAUUACGUUCCGUGAGCCGCUCUUCGUCGGCGGGCCCGGAAACACGACCGGUUUGGAGCGACUUCCGGUGAGGACCGGAUUUAAGGGCUGCAUCCGGCAUUUGGAGGCGAACGAGCACCACUAUCGCUUCCCGCUGGCCCCGCAGGGCGACGCCGCGAACGGAUUCGAUGUCGAGGAGUGCACGGCCGACAGGUGCAGCAAGGUGCCGUGUUCCCACGGUGGAAAAUGCCUGACAACCGGAGGCGACACGGCUGUCUGUCUCUGCCCACUCGGCUACACGGGCGAUCUUUGCGAGACCCGGGUGGACCUGCAGGUUCCAUCCUUCAACGGAUCCUCUUACCUACGUUAUCCGGGAUUGGCGGACACGUCGCUGUCGUGGCUGGAAUUGUCCGUCACGUUAAAACCGACCGCGCAGGACGGCGUGAUACUCUACAACGGCCAUCACAGCGACGCCACCGGUGACUUUAUUGCGCUCUAUCUCUCCUCGGGCCACGUGCAGUUCACCUUCGACCUCGGAACAGGACCUGCCACUUUGAGAAGCGAGAAUCCGGUUCGUCUCGGCGAAUGGGUCGAAGUUCGGGUCUCUAGGACAGGUCGUUUGGCGUCUCUGGAAGUCGAGGACGGCCCUGCCCAGGAAAUCCUGGCGCCCGGAGCGUUCACGCAAUUAUCCUUACCGUUGAACCUCUAUCUGGGCGGCGCGCCUUCGUCCGACAUGUAUUCGCCGAAGAUGAAAACUACGGCCAGCUUCGUCGGCUGCAUUCAGACGAUCGUGCUGAAUAAUCGCGAGGUGGGUAUCCUGGCCGAGGCCUUGGGCGGAGUAAACGUGGGUAACUGCGGGCACGCGUGCGAGGCGAGACCCUGCGGCGACGCGGAGUGCCGGCCUCUUCGGGAACGAUUCACCUGCCGAUGCCGACCGGGCGUGCCGCAUCCUUGUCCCGCACCGGACGACUACACGCCUCUGGUCCCACCGCCGGCCAAGACCAGCUCCGUGACGUCCGUGAGAUACGAGAGGGCCGUGCCGAGCUUCACCGGCAGCGAGAGCUACCUGCAUUACAACGACGCCGAUACGAUGAAAAGGAUAAUCAGCUACAGGGUAGACAUCAACAUGAGAUUCCGCGCCAGCAGCAGCAGCGGCCUGCUGCUCUGGAGCGGCCGACAGUCGGAUCCCCAGGAACAAAGGGACGAGAAUGAUGACUUCCUCGCCCUCGGACUGGAUCACGGCUACCUCACCCUCGCGUACAAUUUGGGCUCCGGGGAAGCCGUGCUGCGAUACAAUAUCACGCGACUGGACGACGAUCUCUGGCAUCGUAUCAGGGCAGUUAGAAACGAACAAUGGGCGUCUCUCGUGGUAGAUAGCGGUACCGGGGUCUCGGCAUCCUCUCCGGGACAACUGAGACAGUUGAACACUGACACUGGCCUUUACGUUGGCGGUGCGCCCGACAUCGUGAGGACGACGGGCGGUAGGUACGCCAAGGGCAUCGUGGGUUGCAUCAGCGACCUCGUGCUGGACUCGGACUUCUCCGUCGCCCUGUCGUCACCCGCUCAGGCGACCAACACGCACUCGUGCAUCCCCUGAAAGAGAGAUAUUCGUGCCGUCCGACGUCAAGUGGUGUUGGGCCCUGCCCGAAGCUAGGAUAUGAAAAUUUAAGGAUAACGAAAUCACGCGUGAACACACAAACACAACAUACAGACACACAUAUACACACACUCACGUCACGUGUGAGUACGCGCUGAAGAAAAAAAAGCAAAAAACAAAAUAACACUCACUCCACUGGCGAAGCCGAGCGGCGGUACUCGCGCCCCCGCGGGAGGGAGAGUGCCAUCCCUUACCACGAAAGUGCAUCUGUUUCUCGCGCAUCCACGGCCGCGCGGUGAUCUGCACGCGGUUCAUCAUUUUUGUACAGACUCAUCCUUCCACGGUGGGACUCUCAGAGUGAAGGGAGUGGGUCGGCAACCGACCAUCGUCGAGAGCGCGGCCAUCGAGCGAUGGUAGGCGGCUUUACUGUAAAUAUUAAUAGGACGAUCCUCUUUCCUAUCCCUCUUCCUGCUCCUUUUACUCCACCUCCUGCUCCUCCUGCUUCCGACCCGAGGUACGCGACGAUGCAGUGUCUAACGCUUGCCUCGCGGCAUUGAUCCUCGGCGUUGCGACUUCCUGUCGACCCUCGUGGGCUGAUCUGCCGAUUGGGAAUGUAAGACUCCUCGGUGGCGUCGUGAGAAGUCACGUACGAUUGAAGAGGUGAAGCCUGAGAAAUUAUUCUCCGCUUUGUUACCUCGCGAGUGAUUAUCGCCGCGGCCGUUGGCUUUCCGUAGAAAUCGAUGAGGUCUGAUUUUUGCCGGUGGUCUCCGACUAAUUCUUCUCCGAUUAAAUCGUGUCGGGAACGUCGUUAGAUGAACGUGAGUCGUGCGAAGAAACGUAAAAGUUCGUUCGGUGAUAUAAUUCGUUGACGAUAUUAGUUGAUUAACCCCAUUUUGCUUCUCUACGCGCUAAAAUUGCUUAAACUCGCGUGCACAGGGGCACGGUGGUGAGGUCGCGACGGCGGUCGCAUUAAUUCCGAACGAGUCGGGAACGCACAUUAACGCAGCCAAUGAAAAUCGCCGGCAAUUUUGCUCGGCGGAUCGGGAAAAGUAAGAGACGCGUCGAAUCAAGUUCGGAACUUCCUAACGUCCUUAAUCAAAACCGCCGCGUACCAUUAACAAUUUCAACUUUGCCCAUAUCCGAAAAUUAAUAGUCGCCCUGCGGAAAUAGUCCCGUAAUUAAAUUCGCGUAAACUAGAUUAUUGUUCAUAAAAUUCAAUCAAAAUUCAAAAUUCAUCGUAAUAACAACGUCUAUUUUGCAACGACAGCGGCGGAGCCAAUAAAGCAUCGCCGAGAGAAAGGGUGGAGGGAGGGUGCGUACGCGCGUACGUGUUCGGUCCCGUCGAAUCUAAAAUUCCACAACUAAAAACCAAGCCCGCAAACAAUGCCUCAAUUACGCGGCGCGCGCGGCAUAAUAACGGGAGAGAAAAUACGACUUGUCGCGAGUGUGCGAUGCGCGAAUAAUGGAAGUCGUUGCACCAGGACAAUGCCCGGUCGGACAUGAAAUUUGACGGAGCGCGUCUCGAAGACGGCUUUCGGCCUAAUAAGAUAAAAGUAUGUAGAAAAAGAAAGAAAGAGAGAGAGAGAGAGUGUGAGAGAAAGAGAGAGAGAAAAAAAAGCAACCCCUCCGCGUCAAUUUUGAUUAUUCCCUCCGACCGGAUGUUAUCUUCGACACGAAGUGUCGUUAUCUUCGAUCCUAGCGAGUUCAAAGCCUUCGAGAUUUAUCGAAAAAAUUCGGAGCGCGUCUGGAUCGGCGCUGGAUGAAGUCUCAUUUAGUAGAAAAACGAGCAAGUUGGGAAAGGUGUGUGUACGUCUGUGUGUGCGUGUGUGUAUAUGUCUGUCCGUGUGCACGUGUGUGUCUGUCUGUCCGUGUAUAUGUGUAGACGUAUAUGUGCGUGCGCGCGCGAGAGAGAGAGAGAGAGAGAGAGAGAGAAAUGAAAGUUUCUCGGAAAACCGAUAUUUUACAUUACGUAGAGUUAGUUAGAUAGUUAGAUUAGUAACGACGAACUGUUCCAUUCGUUAUUCGUUAGCUCCCAUGAUUGGAUCGAAUAACAUUCGCGCGCGCUACUUUUGCAUUCUUCAUGCGGACGGUCCGCUUAAAUUCUCCCUUUCGUAUCCCUUUAACAGAUCGUCGAUCGUUUCCUGUUUCUCCUGUUUUUUUUUUCUUCUCUUCCCUUCAAUUGUCGACAACGACGACGACGACGACGAUUUUCAGCGGACUUCGUUGUACCGAGCGCGCUAAACGUUUGACUUUACUUUCGUCGCGCGAUAUAUCGAUGGAAAAAGUUGUCCCACUUGUCCUAUCCAGCACCGAUCCGGACAGCGUGCUCGCUGCUAUGUUGUAACUACGCGAAUCAUCGCGUAACGCAGCUUAAGACUAACGAUCUUAGAUCUAACGAUCUUAGGACUCGCCACGAUCAUUCUCUAGCAGCUAAGUCACAAGCGCGCGCAGCCACGAGCACGAGUUUUCAGUUCCACGACGAUAUCGAGGUUAAUAUUGUGAUCGAUACGAGUAACUACUAAUAAAAAAAAAAGUAGGAGAGCUAUACCAUGGACCAAACACCAAAACAUCUUUAUCGCGUCUCUAUCCCAACGAGAGUAUGUAUAAAAGGUGCGCGAUCGCGCGCACAAAGUGCAUAUCCCGUUUGAAAAGUGCAGGGCUCGCGUCCUUUGCGAACGAUCUCGUCCGGUGCAUAUAUAUAUAUAUAUAUAUAUAUAUAUAUAUAUAUAUAUAUAUAUAUAUAUAUAUAUCGGCGGGCAUACUUUUGUAAAUAAUUUACACGUUCUCGGCUGUAUUCCGUUCCUACAGAAACGCCAUAUCUCGCGAACGAUGCUUGACGAUCACGAGCGCAGCAAUAAUAAGUAUCUCUCCAUCGUCCUGUAUCGAUGACGGAACGAUUUCACCAUUUUAGCGGCUACUACGCGGAAACGAAAAGGGUGAUCGAAGUUUCCUCGUUAACGUACUUAUUAGCUCACGUCGGUGAAGCGAGUCGCUUGAUUAAGAGAUUACAGCACGAUUCACGCUUCAAUUUUGCCAGGGUAUAAAUCGUGAGUUGUCGUACGAAGGGAAGCACUCGCGGUAUAUAACGUAGGUUUUCCGUUUGGUUUAUCGAUUAGUUCGACGCGACACACUUUAGUCAACGAAGGAAAGCGAGGGAAAGAGAGAAUAAAAUGGCACUUUACACAUACGUAUAAAAAAGAGAGAGAGAGAGAGAGAGAAAGAGAAACAAAUUAUAUCUUUAUUAUGCAGAUGCUCGUCGCAUAUUUUUUUAUCUUCAUAGAGCGUUUCACUCAAUCCUGUGAACACACAAUUUAGCACUACCGGUCGGAAAAUCCCAGGUCAAUAUGUAUACUCAUCCUAUCUUUAUGAGACGAGAGAAAGAGAUAGAGAAAGCGAGAGAUUGCGAGUGUGAGAGAGCGAGCUAACGAGGGAGAGAGAGAGAGAGAAAGUGUGUAUGUAUGUGUGUAUGAAGGGAGAACAGGAGAGAACAGUGAGAUAAGAUAAAGUAAGGCAUAGAUUGUAAUCGAUGAACUUUACUUUUGUCGUCGCACGGAAAUGAUUUCGAAAUGACCUACUCGAACACACACACACAUCAUAAAAGCAAUCGGCUAUAGUCAAUUUUGUACGGAUGUUAUUUUCGGGAAACUAUAUAAUAAUAUAUCAAAGGUGAGUGGUAGUCGCGUAGAAAGUGUAACGAUAUACAAUUUAAAUAAUUGUACACGUCAGGAUUAGCGGGCGGGUAACUCUCGUCCUGAUUAAUCCUCCCACGCCGCGACCUUUCGCGAAGGAAAACAAGAGAAAGGGUAACGAAAUCAAAGCAAUUGAAGCGCGCAGGAUUCGUUUUUACGACCGGGAGUUUUAUAAUCUUCUUUGCUCAUUUAUUAUUAUCGUAUAAUAUAAAAUUCAUUAUAAUUCUAGCCGUAUAAUUCCGCCCCGCGCGAUGUGCUGCGCGAUUCUUCAGAAAUUACUCGGAUCCCUCGUGGUGGCGCGCAAUUAAAUGUAAACUCGAUUUCGAUUAAACUCCUGAUCUUUUUUGCCUGAAACAUUCCGUGCAUCCAAAACUUCGUCACGCGUGGGAGGAUUAAGGGCGCCUUUUCUAGCGUAAUUCGAUGUACAAUAUUUCGCGUAAGUAUGCAUUGAGUGAUUUGAGAGAAAAAGGGAGAGAGAUAGAGAGAGAAAGAGAGAGGCUUUUGUGCUCGUACGUUAAAUCAUUUUGUAUGGCACAUGACUCCGUUCCUUCGCACCGGCAAGUAACACGAAGGAAUUCACGACACGGGGAAUUCCCCAUCGGGAGAAAUCCGCGUGCGUUCUUGCUCGUUUUGUAAUUUGCAACGCAUCCGACUCGGAAAUAUAUGGUUCCUGGACGCAUUCCACCCAAUGCCGUCGGAAUAAUUUGCAAUGUGUGCGACGUAUUCGAAUAUUCGAUAAUCAUAUCCCGGCCGGGGCAAUUAUUCCCGAGAACGGGAUUCCUCCGCGUGUUUGGAAUUGCGCGGAAUAUCAGUCGAUCGGGCCGACAACGAAAAUUCCCCUGCUGCCGGAGACCACCUCCUCGCGAGAGAAGGUGGCUCGCAUGACGCGCGCAUUGACGAUUAAAUGACGAUUAAAUGACGCGUCGGAUGUAUUCGCGUCGCCGUUCCCGUUCUGACGCGAAGUCAAAUUUUUCGGAGAACGAGAGAGCCAGAGAGAAACUGGCUGUCUCCGCAGGACAAUCAAACGAACAUUCGCGGAAAUCACCUCAACUGUAUAACGUGAUUCGCCGCCGAUUGUAUAACAGAGUGCUCGUGUUUCAACGUGACGGCCGCUUUCUCGAGUAUUCGAGUACCGAGUCACUCGGGGAGAGGAACAACACACACACACACACGACGGCAGUUCCGAUUCUAACACCAACGUACGAUAGUAGGCCGAAGCUUUAAUCAUUAAUUAGCGCUCACCUUCGCGCUUGUGUCGUCUCCACGAUGUGUCGUGCGUUUUCUAUUCGAAGAUCAAAAACCAAUCAGAGGAAGUUUCAUAUCUCUUGUACGUAAUGUAAGGAAAGAACGAUAAGCUCCGCUGAGAAGCGUAUUGAGCGGCUAUUUCGGUCCCUGCGAAAGUGUCCUCGCGACGCAAGACCGAGAAUCCUCUCUCCGUUUCGGUACGUGUGUGUACGUGAGUAUGUGUGAGCGCGUGUGUGUGGUGUGUGUGCGCGCGCGCGCUUUAAACGCGCCAUGUCGCGCUAGAGCCAGCGAGACAACCUUCGAGCUGCGACGAUUUUAUUUCUAAGAUAUUGUUAAAUUCCACGGAGAUGGAAUUGACCGGCGAGCAUGCGUUCGUCGACCCGUUCCCUCCCCGCGGAGAUUCGAUACAAAUUCCUUGAUCUCACGUGUAAGACGAAUUAAAUUCCGUGAAAAGUGUUGAGUAGCUGCAAAAGAUUUGUCAUUUAUAUUAGAAAGGAGGAUGGGGAGUCGUCGUUGGCUGUUGUGAAAAGUAGCGAGUCGAUGUUUCAUUCUUUUGAUAUUCGUAUGGAUUAUUAAUCCCUCGAAACUGGAUAAAUACUAUGUUCUGUUUCUCUUGAUAAACGCGACAGGUCUUUUGCAUCCACUUAACGCCUCGUCCAGAAGCGAAAAUACGUUCGAUUUUGCGAAUAACGAAUUUACAGAUAUAUGCAGCGCUCACAAACAGGUGACAUCCGUUAUCCUUGAUAACGCGCGUCGUCCGCUUGUGACUAUUGCUAGUUAUAAGAGUGCGAUGAUUAUUGCUUAUUUAUGUAACACGAAUUGUACAAUGUGUGUGCGCGCAGCAGCGCUGUGUUGGUGCAAUUGUCCGCGAAGCGCGCGUCAAAAAUCAGUUCCGCAAAAAAUGUUUCGCUAAUCGACGGUAAAUAUAUGUGCACGGCGUGUGGUUUUUUCU